UUAAUGAAUACCACUGAUUGAUUGACCUGCUCACCACCCCUCUUAGACUAGAAGCCCUGUGUGGGCAGGGAUUAGGUUCACUUGUAUUAUCUCUUGUCUGCUCCAGUGCUUUACAUGACACCUGGCAUAGUUAUGUUAAGUGCAUAGUGAGUACCCCAUAGUGAGGACCCCACGAGGGAGGCCCAUGGCUCUAGGCCUUCGUGGAAGAUUAAUUAGGAGCCUAAAAUGGGAUCCCAGGGCUAGUGGAAUUCCAGCCUCCAGUGCAAGGUCUGGUCCCGGCAGCCCUCAAAAAGGCCCAGAGUGAACAAGGAUAGGCUGGGUAAAUGAGGUCCCUCAACUCCCGAGUCCCGCCCACUCCGAGCAGACUUAGGUUUUGGGUUCCAGAGGAGUCUGGCUCCCUGCCCCUGAGAUAAAUGCAAGGUAGGGGGUGGACUGCUCACCCCAGGCCAGCCCACUACAGGCCCCUCACCCAGGUGUCCUGCCCCGCCCGACUCCAAGGGCCAACCAACAACCAGGGAGGGCAGUGGGGGUGGCCCUAUCACCACUUGUGCAAACAGCAAAGUCCGGCCUGGGGCCUUUGCCUCCUGAACCCUCUCCACUCUUGACCACAGUGGGCAGUCCCUGCUGCUGCUAUUUGUCAGGUUUCCAGGAAUGGGAGCCUCCAGCAAGGCAGGGCGGGGGAAGGAGCUGACACUGGAACCUGUCAUCCUUAAGCAACUCCCCUGCUCAGGCACAAGUGGAGCCAAGCUACUGACCAGCUCCCGGGGGCCAGUCGCUAACUGUGACAGGACCUGCCUCCUUGGGUAGCCAAGUCCAGACUGGUCCCCUGACCUUCCAAAACCUGGCCCCAGAUAAAAUUUAGCUCCUUGAGCAUGCCAACUUCCUCCCUGAGUUUAAAGAUUAAUUCCAGGCUCUUCGACCCAAGUGUUCCAGUCUAGCCUCCGCCACAGCGGCCACUGCCAUGCACAACUUUGGUGCCGUCCUGACAGCUCUGGGGGGCUUCGGGCCCUUCCAGAAGUGGCUGGUGUUCUGGCUGGCCCUUCCCAACCUGGGUAUUCCCUUCUACUUCUUCGGCCAAAUGUUCAUGUUCCUGGAGCCAAGACACCACUGUGACACGAGCUGGAUCCUGGCCCUGAGCCCCAACCUGAGCACAGAGCAGCAACUGAACCUGACCAUUCCACGCCGGGCUGACGGCACCUUCGAGGCCUGCCGUAUGUACAGGCCGGAACCGGGGUGGGGCAUCGAUGAAAUCGUCUCCUUCGGGCUUAACGACACAGAGGACUGCCGGGACGGCUGGAUGUACCUCUCAGAGGAGCCGCCUUCUCUGGUCACCGAGUUCGACCUGGUCUGCGGCCGGAAGCACGAGAAGGAGGUCUCCCAGUCCGUCUAUAUGGCCGGGCUGCUGGUCGGGGCAGCCAGCUUCGGUACAAUGAGUGACAGGUUCGGCCGCCGCAUCACCAUCCUCAUGGAGCUGCUGCUUCAGGCCAUGGUCGGCAUCGGCACCGCUUUCGUCCCCAACUUCUACCUGUACAUGGUGCUGAGGUUCGUGGUGGGCACUGCCGUCUCUGGAUUCUCCAUCAGCUUCGUCACCCUGAACAUGGAAUGGGUGGGACCAUCCAGAAGACCGUUCACCGUGGUCAUCUCUCACUGCUUAUUUGCACUGGGUCAGAUGGUCCUGGCCGGGCUGGCUUACGGAGUGCGGAACUGGAGGCUGCUGCAGCUCGCCGGCUCGUCCCCCAUCGUCCUGCUCUUUUUCUAUGUCUGCAGGGUCGUGCCAGAGUCAGCCCGCUGGCUCCUGGUCCAGGGGAGAGUGGACGAAGCCCAAGAACUCCUGCAAAAGGCAGCGGCCUGCAACCAUCGCACGAUCCCGCCAGAGCUGCUGGACCAGCUCCAAAACGAGACCAAGUCGCCGAAGGGGAAUGUCCUGGUCCUGUUUCAUUACCAGCACCUCAGGAAAGUGACGCUUAUUCUUCUGGCAGUAUGGUUUGUGGACAGCCUGGUAUAUUACGGGCUGAGCUUGAACGUGGGGAGCUUCGGUUUGAACAUCUACCUGACACAGCUGGUGUUUGGACUGGUGGAGUUGCCUGCCCGCUUUGGCUGUAUCUUCAUGCUCCAGCGCUUUGGCAGGAGGCAGUGCCAGGCCUGGACCCUGUUGGUUGGGGGCAGCAUGUGCCUCAUCAUCAUCUUCAUCCCCCCAGACUUUCCCGUACUCACCACAGCGCUGGCCGUCAUCGGCAAGUUUGCCACAUCAGCAGCCUUCUCCAUCUCCUACAUCUAUUCUGCUGAGCUCUUCCCCACUAUUGUCAGGCAGACGGGCUUGGGGCUGGUGGGCGUAGCAGCACGGACAUCUGGCAUCAUCACUCCUCUGAUCGGGCUGCUCAGAGAAUAUCACCCCGCCAUCCCCAUGGCUGUCUUUGGGAGCAUCCCGGUACUGGUGGGGGUCCUCUGCUUCUUUCUCCCGGAAACCAAGGACCGGGAACUCCAAGACUGGCUGGACAGCCCCGGCGACACUCUCGGGACCAAGGGAGCUGCUGGAGGCUACAGGGGGCAAGUCCAGGUGAAGGAAGCUGAAACGGAUGUGGGGACAGACACCACCCUGCCCUCCACCUAUCUGUGACUGAGUGAGUGGCCCGCGAUCCGGGUGGCUGAGCCUAAGAGGCCCUGGUCACUGGUUGCUGGUGGGGGCCCUGCAGCUUCGAUCCCGGGACAUAGAAAACCCCCUCUCCUCAAAUGCCAAUGGAGCUCAGUUGCCCCGAGAUCAGGCAGACAAUUAUCCUACUACCCCUGUGCCCACCGUUCUGCCCAAGGAUGGUGGCAUUGCGCAAGGGGAGUUUCCCUGCCCCGUCCCUGCCACCCCUCUCCCACCAGCCUGGCCAGCGGCUGGUUUGGUCUCCAGCUGGUGGCAAGUGGAGGAGACAUCCUGACCCUCAUCGUCAACCCAGCGCGGUGGCAGUUUGAUGAAGUGCAGUUGUUCGGAGGCCCCCCGCCCUCACGGCUCCUGGAUCUGAACCCCAACCCAGUGUCACCUCGGCCACCUGGUGAGGCAGCUGGGGCCAAGGCGUCACGGAGGAGAAGCAGAGACUUGCGGCUAUCCACCUGGGCUGAUUCAUGGAAGCAGGGGCUGGAUUGGAUGACAUUUUCAGUCCUUUCUGCCCUGCCCCUGCCCACUCCUUCUCCUCUUUCUCAUCCCAGGAUCGGGGUCAGCCCCUGAUCCUGGGCCAUCGCUGUGGCUUUCCCCUCGCGGGAGGGGAAAAGCGACGGGGGCUGGAUGGCCAUGCACUGUGACAAGACUCAGGCCCCAGCUGUUUUCUUGCAGGCUGUGUUGGCUCUGAUGGGCACAGUUGAGAGCCCUGCACCUUGGGGGGUGCUCAGCCAGACCCAAUAGAAUUGGAUUUUUUUUUCCUA